GAUAACUGAAGCGAUAUAGAGUGAAUCCGAACGACUUAUACGCGCUUCUUUUCGAGCAUCAUAAUAUAUAUAUACAUACACAUAUACAUUAGUUAAGAUAUCACCAGCAUGCCAUCCUCAGAACCAGCAAGCACACCUGCGGCUACCACUAUAGCUGUGCCUCUAGUUGACGAAAAGGAUAUUUCUAGGAAACAUAGAGAGAAUGUGAACUUCAAAAUAGGGGUGUUGAAGGCACAGACAGGUGUAAACCCCACCAUCAAGCGAUGUAAUGCGGCGGUAAGAGGUAAACAAAAGCCGAAGAACAAGAAGGCAAGUAGAGUGGCAAAAUUGGAACUUAAACAACUCUUGGAAUUGAAACGGGCACAAUUGGAACAUCACGACACAAAGGUUAUGACGAGCAUACUGAAGAAGGGGGUGAGGUUUGAGAUCCAGAAACUCAGCAAAAAGAAACGAACGGCAAU